UUCCAGGCCCUUGCGACCCGGAGGAUCUGCUGGACGGUGUAAUUUUUGGGGCAAAGUACCUGGGCUCCACGCAGCUGGUCUCAGAGAGGAACCCCCCGACCAGCGUCCGCAUGGCACAGGCCCAGGAGGCGGUGGACAGGAUCAAGGCACCGGAGGGGGAGUCCCAGCCCAUGACGGAGGUGGAUCUGUUUGUUUCCACACAGAGGAUCAAGGUGCUCACGGCUGACACGCAGGAGGCCAUGAUGGAUCACUCCCUCCAGACCAUCUCCUACAUCGCCGACAUCGGCUCCCUUGUGGUGCUCAUGGCGCGCCGGAAACUGCCUCGGCGGUCAGAGGUGGCAGAGGAAAAGCGGCUCUACAAGAUGAUUUGCCACGUCUUCCACUCAGCCGAUGCCCAGGUCAUCGCUCAGGCUAUCGGGCAGGCGUUCGGCGUGGACUACCAGCGCUUCCUGGAAGCCAACAGCAUUGACCCGAGCGAACUGAGCCCUCGCCAGUACAGCCGUGCCCUCGAGGACCAGGAGCAAUACAAUGCAGAGCUGACCCACUUCUCCCGGCAGGAGAACUGCAAAGAUGUCUGCAUCCGGAAGCAGAAGGGGGAGAUCCUGGGCAUCGCUAUCGUUGAGUCGGGCUGGGGCUCCAUCCUGCCCACAGUGGUUAUCGCCAACCUGAUGCACGGGGGCCCCGCGGAGAGGUCAGGCGAGCUGAGCAUCGGGGACCGCCUCAUGUCCGUCAACGGGACGAGCCUGGUGGGGCUGCCCCUCACCACCUGCCAGAGCAUCAUCCGGGAGCUGAAGCACCAGAGAGAGGUGACACUGAACAUUGUGCACUGUCCCCCUGUCACCACGGCUGUCAUCCGGCGCCCUGACUCCAAGUACCAGCUGGGCUUCUGUGUUGAGAACGGCGUGAUCUGCAGCCUGAUGCGUGGGGGCAUCGCAGAGAGAGGUGGCAUCCGCGUGGGGCACCGCAUCAUCGAGAUCAACGGGCAGAGCGUGGUGGCAACACCCCACGAGAAGAUCAUCCAGAUCCUCACGCAGGCGGUCAGCGAGGUCCACAUCAAGACCAUGCCGGCCUCCACGUACCGCUUACUGACCGGGCAGGAGCAGCCCAUCUUCCUCUGA